AUCGCGGAGCGGAGUAUAACCCGAUAAAUUCACCCGUCUUGGAAGUCUCAUUUAGUCAAUCAUCAAUUUUGAAGCGGACACCGCUCAUUUCUCCUGCAAUCCUGUCGGAUUUUAAUGGAGGAAGACGACGGAGAAGAGUACCUGUUCAAGAUAGUCGUCGUCGGCGACUCGGCGGUGGGCAAAUCGAACCUGCUAUCCCGAUUCGCUCGGGACGAAUUCGACCAGAACUCCAAAGCCACCAUCGGAGUCGAGUUCCAGACCCAGGUCGUGGUGGUCCAAGGCAAGGAGGUCAAGGCCCAGGUCUGGGACACCGCCGGCCAGGAGCGCUUCCGGGCCGUCACCUCCGCUUACUACAGAGGCGCCGUCGGUGCCCUAAUCGUCUACGACAUCACCCGCCGGACUACCUUUGACAGCAUCAAACGCUGGCUUGCUGAACUCGACACUCACUGUGACACGGCGGUUGCAAGGAUGCUAGUGGGGAACAAGUGCGAUCUCGAGAGCAUCAGAGAGGUGAAGGCAGAAGAGGGGAAGGCUCUUGCAGAAGAAGAAGGCCUAUUCUUCAUUGAAACCUCUGCAUUGGACUCUACAAAUGUCAACACUGCCUUUGAGAUUGUGAUUGGCAAGAUCUACAAAAACGUCAGCAGAAAGCUGCUCAACUCCGAUUCCUACAAAGCCGAAUUGUCGGUCAACCGAGUCAACCUCGCAAAUGGAGUCGACCUGUCUAAGCAAAACACCAACAGCUACAACUGCUGCUCCACAUAAAUGUUCUGUUUUGGCCAUUCCUCAUGUUGUUGUUUGUUACCAAAGUACUUUUUUUUUGUUUGUUGCGGAUGCAGUUGUGCUGCGAUGAAUGCGAGAGACAGUGAUAGUCGAUGAAGUUUUAUCGCGACGAUAUGUAGUUGAAUACUUGAAUCACUAUAAGAAAGAGAGUUACUAUUUUUCUAAGGCUCUGUAAUAGUUGAAGUAGAUUAAUGUGAAGAAAGAGACAUGCAAGCUAUUGAAAAUGUAGUUAAGUGGUGAAGACAAGCAUUGGAUAUUGGCGGUUUGUUGUUAGGUGUGUGUCUUGGCUAACUUGAAUGAUUUAAUAAGUUAGUUAUCUUGAU